AUGGAUGACGACGACCAGGAACAGCGUCUUGGAAGACUUUUUCGAAGUUUUCGCCUGCUCAGUGAAACUCCUGAAGAACUACUCCCACCUCCGAGCAUUGUAAGGGAAUUCAUACGGGGAGUACAGCAAGAUGUCAAGGAAGAAGCCAAGGCGCUGAUAGCAGAGGAAGACUAUGAACAGGCCCUCGUUUUUCUUUGUGUUGGAAUCGAUCAUGUUGGCGGACUUCUCUCGCGUGUGGGAUAUAGCUGUGAUACAGCAAAUGACGCCAGACUCCUUAUCUUGAGGUCACAAUGUUACAACAUCCUGGGUGCACACCGAGAAGCACACGCUGACGCUGAAAAAGCCUUGCAGAUUGAUCCUAAUUCUGUCCCUGCGGAAGUUGAGCGUGUGAAAGCCAGAUUUGCCAUAAGCUGCGAAAUAGGUGGCGGCCUUCUCAAGAUGUUCGCUUAUUUCUUAUUCGGUCAGGUCCCUGAAUCGGUAAAAGCAAACCCCGAAGUAAUAUACAUAAUAAGACUACUGGAUGUGCAUUUCAAUCUAAUGCCUGCUGCAACUGCAACCAAACGGAAGUCGGAUUCAAAGGCUUUCGACACAGACUGGAUUCCUUCUCACAAUAAAGAAAUUGCCAAAACCAGUAAGAUUAACACCUCCUCCAGGCCCAGCGAAAAGAAACGGAAGAUUAAACAGAUUUGUGAUGGUGCAGAGCCAACCUUUACGAAAACAGGAUCAUCUUCAUCACAACAGUGGGUAAGACAGGGGGCAAGGCCAAAGAAAUCAAGCAACAAGACAGUACGAGUACCUUCUUCAAUAGUGCCUGUGAAGUCUUCUAAGAAACAAACUGGCAAUGCCCCCAAACGAAACGAAGUUGAACAUUCAGCAGCUGUUGUAAGCCACGAAAAGACCAGAAGUUCCAAGAAGACAAAAGAUCAGUGCCCUGCUUACCAAGCAACAUCGAAAAAUCUCGCAUCUCUUCCAAUCUUCCACUGUGACAUCAAACACGUGUGUGGGAUAUGUUAUUCACGAGGUGAUGUAGUUGAACAACGAUUAGGAAGCAAGCCACUGGUGUGUGCCGGCUCACCAGGCGAACACGACUGGAAGAGAUGCAGGAUGGUGGUUGUAUACUCCAGCGAGAAGAAGAAAUGGCGUAAGGUGCGACGGAGACAUGCGAACGCACCCCCUAUUCCGACACUUUGUACAUCUGGUGAUGCUUGCAAGCGUGGUGGAGAAUGUUGGUUUCCACACUUCAAAGAAGAGAAAGACCUGUGGAUCUAUAUGGGGAGACACAAACUCACCAAGUUAGAUGACGUAGUGUUCGCCGGGCGUGCAUCCCCGGACGUCAUGUCACAAACACUCCCUUCGAAGUCGCAGCGUGACAAACGCCCCCAGCCUCAGCCUCAGCAUCGCUGCUCCUACUGCGAUAAAUCUUACCCGCAACAAUGGCAGCUUCAGCAGCACAUCCAAACCAUGGAUCACUGGUCAAAGGUCAACUCAGACGAAGACAAGAAAGACCAGUGGAAGCAUCGCAGCCCGCCCUGGAAUGUCGUCAACGGACAGUACCAAGAAUGUUCAGAGAAUAAAAAUGGGAGAUGCGUGUUCACUGACUGCACGAAAGCACACGGUGUCGAUGAGUUAGAGGAAUGGAAAGAAAGACAUCGGUAUCGAAUAAUGAAAGUGAAGAAAGCCAAGGAGUGCAGGUUGUACGCGUUCAUGGACGAAGUCCUCGAUAAAUUCAACUUCUCUGCUUCACAAGGGAAGGAUGUGAUUGCAGAGCGGUUACCUGGAGUCCGCAUCGACUGCUCUGAAGAUCUUGUCCAGUUUCUGGAUACAGAGACGAAGGAUAAGGAGUCGGCAUACACGUGUACCUGGUCAUUCACCCUUGACCUCAAGACCUCGGAAAAUAAAUUCCUGAAGCGUGUGUGCUUGUUCUACGACGACAACAGACUCUACUUCAGGUUGUCCCAGCCUGCUAAUGAAAGCGAGGCUCAGGUGUGUCCUGGCAACCUGAUUGUAGAGGAGGACAGGAGGUCAUAUCGGUUUGACGUCAUCUUUCGCUCUCAGAUCCUCGGUCGCUUCUCCCAGUGGGUCCUCUUUGACCUUGGUACUGAACCGUAUCUUGUCCGGAAACUUCAGGUCCUGGUUGGAUCGCAUACACCGCACGACAAAUCCGAUGAGAUAAGCGGGGAAAAGAACAAAUUUGAGCUGUGGACUGACAUACACCCGGAGAUUGUUAGAUUCUCGGAAAGCGACCGACAACCUUCAACUAGUGAAAGGCAGCUGCUCAACGACUAUGAAGUACCAACGCCACUAGACAUUGAAGAUCUAGGAGAGCUGAGUCGGGACAACUACAGAAAGUACAUGCACGGAAUGCUGUACCUGGAAGAACAGGAGUGUAAUAUCAAAAUAUCCAAGUUUGCCUCAGAGAGCAGAUUAGAAUGCCUUGACCAUAUUUUACGUGAGACCCCGACAGCGACCAAUGUGGAUUAUGCAGUUGACGGCAGCCUGUUUGGAAAAGUCGAUUUGAAAAGUGCACUCAUGGACGACUCGGAGACCAGCCAAAUCAUUGAGAGGAACGUGCGCAAGAUGAUGCUGAAAUUCGCUAACUCGAAGAAGAUAUAUGAAGCCAUCAUAUUGGACGAACAAAAUGACUUUAGGAAGCAAGACAAAGACACGCUGUAUAUCAAGCUCAGUCCCACAUGCGUGAAGGAGAUGGACCUCAGAGGUAAAACCGAACACCGGGUUGAAAUUCAACUUCAGUUGGAUCGUCUCCCUCUCUGCUAUAUGCAUUCGGCAGUUGAUCGCCUUCAGAACAUGGAUAUGGUUUUCCCACCUAUAGGAAACCUAAACAAGCUUCCACGCGUUGACAAACCAUUGCAACCAGACACGGAUGCUCACCAGGAAAGAGCCGUGAGAUUCAUUUGUCGGCACAAAGGAGGUAAAGCAAGUCCAACGUAUGGAGUUGGACCCGUGCUUCUUUGUGGACCGUUUGGAACAGGAAAGACUCAUACUAUGGCGACGGCAGUAAGACGUACCUUAAAGGAACGUCCGGACAGCAAGAUUCUCAUUUGCACACACUCUAACAGUGCUGCCGAUUUAUACAUCACCGAACAUCUGCACAAGCUGGUGGAAGCAAAAGAAAUCAAGCAGAUGACUCGUGUCUACGCAAAAACUCGAGACAUCAACACCAUUGGUGACAUCGUCCUAAAAUACACCAAAGUUGCAGACGGUAAGGUUAUGAUUCCAACCGUGGAGAAGAUCAAAGCGAGUAGUGUUGUUAUUACGACACUCACCACAUCUUACAGGCUCCCAUCGUCAGAGCUAUAUGGUCACUUCACCCAUAUCUUGAUAGACGAAGCGGGACAGGCAUUGGAGACGGAAGUACUGCAACCUUUGACCUUUGCUACAGGAAGUACCUGCGUAGUUCUGGCAGGAGAUCAUCUACAGAUGAGCCCUAAGGUAUUUUCUGGAACCGCCCGACAUGCUAAGUUCCACAUAUCUCUCCUGGAGCGUCUAUUCUACCUGAAGGUUGGCAGUGUUCUGCUGUCCUCAAACUAUCGGACCUGUCAGAAGAUGCUAGAUUUCAUCUGCGGGUCAUUUUACUAUGGAACCCGCACAGGUCGUAUCAUGAAAGCAGUUGGUAAACACGAGCCACACCCGAGAUUCCAGCAUCCGUUGGUGUUCUGCACGGUGAAAGGAGAGGAUCAGAAGAUUGGCAUGUCGUACGUCAACCACUACGAGGUAGCAGAGAUAGUGUCAACUGUGCGGGACUUGCUUCGCGACUGGCCCGAAGAUAAGUGGGGGAACCCUGACACAAAUGGCAUCUGUGUGGUAGCAUCGUAUAAAAUGCAGAUACGGCAAAUUCGUACUCAACUUCGAAAAGGAGGGAUGGGAAGCAUAGAUGUAUUACCAGUGCAGAGUGCCCAGGGGAAACAGUAUCGGGUGAUGAUCAUUAGCACGGUAAGAACACGAAGCACGCUGAACAAAGCCGACACAACAGCAUUUGUUUCAAAGAUAAGCCCGGCCAAUCGCCCGGACGACACAUUCGACUACGGCUUUCUGUCUGAUCCCCGACUCCUCAACACAGCGUGUACACGAGCACAGUCUCUUCUGAUAGUUGUAGGUGAUCCAUCGACUUUGUGCUCGGUGGGCGAUUGCUCCAAGAUAUGGCGAAGGUACUUGAAAGAUUGCGAGGACAACAAAACACUGCAACCACCGGGGACUACUAUCGCAGGAAUCCAACAAGAGAUGGAAGCAGCUAAACAGCGUUUGAACCCUUCGGCCCCGGUCUUCCAGCCUGCUUCUACAUCAACUGGCAAGCUUCUUCCAAAGGGUCAUUCAUCAGAAGCCAACAAACCGACCUACUCACCAGAGCCUGCAGCAUUGAAACCAAUUGAUGACCCAUGGCUGCCAGACGAUGAUACAAUCCUCUCCGAUGGCAUCAUGCGAGAACUGUACAGGCAGAUAAGCCACGAUGAGCGUAGACGAAAAAAGUCAGAGGAGGAUCCUGGUGUCGAUAUAGGCGAACCCGAUUAUGCCGAAUUCGAAAGGGAGGUGUCUGUUAAAUGGAAAAGGAAGCCUCCUAAGUUUCGGAUGAUACGGGAAAGCGAUCGCAUAGUUCUAGACAUCAAGUAUACCGAUGGAGACAAGAGGGGAGCUGAUGAAUCCGAAGAGUCAGAUUCUGGUGAAGGUUUGAGAAAUGACAAGCAUGACGAAAGAAAACGCCAGAACGCUUACAAGCAAGUUGAACAACGUCCAGACAAGUUCAAGAUCUGUUCUUUCCAUUGUGACAAGUCCGGGCACACAUACGCCAUCCCGCUUGAUGAGGGAAUGUGUGGGAAGAUUUCCAUCACCAGCAAAAUAAGACGAGGAAGAGCCUUGAAUUUAGAUGAGGUUAUCGUGGAAAUAUUCGACGACACGCGCGAAUCUGUGGUCUCAGAAAGCGAAAGAAAAUACGGGAAGGUCAUCUGCGUGUGCAAGAGGGCAGCUCGAUCCGCCCUCAAAUCAAAAGUAGUCUGUAAGCUUGACGAGCAUAUAGGCAACCAAAUGGUUCCGCUUGACCGCACUCUCCCCAAGUUCUUUGUCCUUAGUCGAGAUGAAGAGAAAAGAGGGAACAUAAAGACCAGUCGUGCAUCACCGGACCUUUGUACCGUUUCCAUCUACCGUUACAGCAGGGAACUUCAGGAAGACUCGCCCUUUGUGAGGAAUGUGAAGGUGUCCAGGAGAGAUCGAGCUCACAAGCUCUUCGUCGUUGAAUAUCUGAAGUGGUUUGCCAAUGCUCCUUACCCCAUGGGUGUGGUCACGGAAGAACUCCCACAAGCAGAAUGCAAAGAGACGGGCCUUCGCAUUCUGAAGCUCAUUUAUGGAGUAAAGGAUGACUGGAAAUCUGACAUUAUUGAGGAGGUGGAGAGCAAGUUUCCGGAUGAUUGGGAGAUUCCAGAAGCUGAAAUUCAGUCUAGAUGUGACGCACGAAACCAAUUCGCAUUUACUAUUGACCCACAAGAAAGCCAAGACCUCGAUGAUGCUCUCAGUGUAGAUUAUGUGGGAGAAAACUACAAAGUCGGCAUUCAUAUUGCCGAUGUGUCUUACUUCGUCUCUCAUGGUAGCGCGCUUGAUAAAGAAGCAAGAGCGAGGGCUACCUCGUUCUAUCCACAUCGUGCUCUCGCCAAACCAAUCAAUAUGCUCCCUCCACAGCUUAGCAACAAGUUAUGUAGUCUGCUGCCACAAAAAGAUAGACUUACCAUUUCAGUCUAUGCCACCCUAGAUGGAAAGGGAAAUUUGGUGGGUGACCCUGAGAUUGAGCGGUCCGUGAUUCGUUCCCACAACCAGCUGAGCUAUGAGUACGUAGAAGAAAUCAUCAUGUCGACCAGCAGCAAGAGAAACAAUAACAUAACUAUCACAGAAAAAAUCUUGACAUUAAAUGAGCUAGCAAAAGAGAGAAGAAGGAUCCGUCUGGGAAUGGGUCGGUUUGCUUUCUCACAUGAUGCUGAAGAAGAUGAGGUUCAACAUCCACUGGCGCAUUCAUUGGUAGAAGAAAUGAUGCUCCUUGCCAACGAGGCCGUGGCCAUUUAUCUUGUGAAGGUAUAUCCCGACUGCAGCCCACUCAGAAGGCAGCUUCCUCCAAGUGACGAAAAUGUUGAACAAUGGUUGAAAAAUCACGCCCAAGACCUUGCAAACAGUUUGGAACUCCAGUCGAGACUUUUAGAAAAAGUGGUCCACAAUGAAGUUGACGUGUACGUACUGAAAGAAAAGUGGAACCAACUGCGUUCAGCUGUCGAUAAGCAAGACAAGAUUACUACGAUCACCGAUUUAAUAACCAGCGAUGAAAACCACCCGCAGCUUGCCGUGGCCAGAGCAGACUUAUUUAUCAUUCAAGAGACUGCUGACUACAUCAGCACCGGAGAACAUCCAGACACAUCUAGGAGAGGUCAUCACUCGCUGAACAUGUCAGUCUAUACUCACUUCACCUCACCGAUCCGUCGGUACUUUGAUCUCGUUGUACAUCGAAUGCUGAUUGCUGCCAUUAAUGACGACAAAGCUGGAGGCACUCUGCAUCAGUCAGAACGGCCAUAUGACACAGAUGAGCUUUCAUCAAUUUCUCAUCAUUGCAACAUACAACGACUGAAUUCCCAAGCUUUUGAGAAGAAGACCCGUGCCCUCCAGUGUGCUCUGAGGCUUCGAGAAGCCCCUCAGUUGUUCGAGGUAUUUGUUGGUGGAUUUUCUGACGCGAGUCUGGAACUGAUAUUUCCCUACAGACGUUUCCUCCCGUCAGCGUGUCCUCUGAAUCUACUGAAGCCAAUCAGCAAGCCAGAGUUUGAUGGGGAAAAUGUUAAUAUGGAGCUAAGAUGGAAAGAAAGGAUCUUCGAGUUGCGUGGUACAACUACACCCAAACCACGAUUUGUGUCACAGCUAACUCUGGAUACGGAGCAGAUGAUUGUGAAGAUUUCUGCGGAUCAUUGGAAGGAGAUUCUAGAAGCAAUUCAGGCACAGAACACCGAUAUGAUUCAGAGGGCUGUCAAGGGCGCAGACGAGGAACAACAACUUACCGAACAAAAAAAAUCGAAAAGACAAAAUCAGCGACACCUACCAGAGAAUCAGGACAUUCCUGUUGAAGAAGUCACUUGCGAAACCUUAGAUGUAAGAAAACCCUCACCUUUCGUAAAUUUCCAGAGAAGCUUCAAGCGAGGCGAUGUGUUGAAGGUCCAGCUGAAUGCAAAGGUUCGGAGGGGUAUAUUGUCACCAUGUAUGCAGCUCUUCUUUCUCACCCCGAAGCUGAGCCUUUGCGGGGAACAUCGAGGAAAUGCAAUUGAAUGCUUUUCCAAAGAGGCAGCACGUCGCCCUCCUACACACAUAGGCAGUGUUGAACAGUACCAGGCCGUAUGGCUGCCAAUCAUUCAGAUGGUCUCAGCCUACAGCGCUGUUGUGAGUGAUGAAAGCUGCGUGAUCCAUGACGUAGAUGUCGACUGGCACUGCGCUGAAACUGACGAUCAAGAACGACAAUACAGUGGGACGUUUAUGAUCAAGCAAACUUUCUGCAGUGAUCGGAGUUUUGGUAUGCACCGGGGUGACUACCUUUGUAUGCGCUACAGGGACGUACCUCUGUCUUCCGAGGCACAGAGUAAGCUCCGCGAACUUGGUACCACCCCCACAUCCAGUCAAAGUCACAUUCAGUCAUCCAAGACUACAUUCGUUGCCCAUGCAGUCAUUACGUUUGUUGAGGACAUAGAAGAGAAAACCGACGCGUGGACGAUCCAAGUUAAAGUUGGAGUUAAUCAACUUUCGGCCCCUUUUCCAGAUGUGUUGUUUGAGCAGAGUAAGAAAGUACCAACAUGUACCAUCGAGUUAAUACCAAAGGCCAGCUCAGACAUCCGCCUUGAGUCUGCAGUAAGACAUCUGCACAACGCGAAGGAGCUGGUCAAAGGAAUAUGCAUGCACCAAAUACCUGCUGUCAGCGACACAGAUCCGGUCAUCAGAAAGCUUCUCGAGGAAGGUAGAAAGAUCGACGAUUUUUCCAUCACAGGAUCGCCAUUUCCCAAACCUAAUGAAUCACAACAGACUGCCUUGAAGAAGGCUCUGCGGCAACAUUUCACAGUCAUUCAAGGACCUCCAGGUACGGGCAAGACAGUGACCGGUGUCCAUCUGACAUAUUUCUUCACGGAAGUCAACAAGCAGCUUCCUGCCUUGGGAAGAAGACCACAAGUUCUCUAUUGCGGACCGUCCAACAAAUCUGUAGAUGUCGUUGCCCAUUACAUGCUACGACUGAACAUAGCAGCAGUUCGGGUCUACAACAACAUGAUUGAACAGCAGGACUAUCCCACACCUGGACAGUCAGGAAGAGCAUCGAAGGCUGGAAGCACCAAAGAAACCAAAAUGGAUCCUCAUCUGAGGCAAAUCUCACUCCAUCAUCUCAUCCGGCAGCCAUCCAACCGACACUGUGAGGAAAUCUUGGCCCUUGAGCAGACAUUCCAGAGUCCAGGAUACAAGAUUUCAUUCCGUGAACAAGACAAGUACAAGAGAGCCAUUCACGAAGCUGAGGCCGAAGAACUCAAGAAGUACAAGGUGGUCUUGUGUACAUGCAAUGAGGCUGGGAGCAUACGGAUACAGAGAAAUGUGAAUGCUAUACAGUGUAUCGUGGAUGAGGCUGGCAUGUGCAACGAGCCAGAGACUCUGAUACCACUGGUUGGCACUAUCGAAGAAUCGGAAGACCAACCCUUUGCACGCAAGAAGGAUGUGAGACAGGAACCACGCCAAAUUGUCUUGAUCGGUGAUCACAAACAACUCAGACCUAUCAUUCAGGAGAGGACUGCCGUGCAGCUAGGCAUGGAGACAUCGCUGCUAGAGAAAUACGGAAAGGAGGCCACGAUGCUUACCAUUCAGUAUCGCAUGCACGAAUCAAUAUGUGCCUUUCCAUCAGAGGUGUUUUACAAAGGGAAGCUGGUUACGGCAGACAUUGUGAGACGGCAAACCCAGCAGCUGAAUAAGACCUGGCCCGGUGGGCGGGGCAACCCCCUUGUGUUUUGUCAUCACAUUGGAAGCGAGGAUAAGCAAAGUGUCAGGACCGAGGAGGGUGGGGAACAGUCCCGGGCUAACCCUCAAGAGGUCACUCACGUGCUCCGCAUUGCGUCAAACAUGGUUCGUCUAGGCGUGAAACAAGACAGGAUCGUCAUUCUUACCCAAUAUCGCCUCCAGAGGGCGCAGAUCGAAGAAAGGCUGAAGGAAGCCAACAUGAAAGACAUCCUCGUCAGCACUGUCAUAACCAGUCAAGGUAAGGAGUGGGACUACGUGAUUCUGUCUACGGUCAGGUCACUUCCACGGGUCGAGAUUGACGAGAAAGCAUCCACAGCCUGGAAGAAACGCAACCUGGGAUUUAUCACAGAUGAGAAUCAGAUAAAUGUCGCCAUCACCCGGCCAAAAAUGGGAUUGAUCAUUCUAGGCAACAAGUACUUACUUAGUGUUCACCGCACAUGGAAGGAUCUACUGGCCCAUUACAAAGAGAAGGGAGCUUUGGUGAACGCAAAGGACUUCCUACCUUAGACUGUGAACGGGAACAGCUAAAACGCUGCUACACUAAAUAAAGCGUUGAUAGCCAUUGUUAUUACUUUCCUGCAUUAGAUUAAAAAAAUAUAUAUCGGUAUUAAUGAGAUGGGCAAGUGUGGUUUCUUAUGAAAAACAUAAAAUGUGUUUAAUCUGUAUCCACACUUAUAGUUAUAGUGUGCAUUUGCCGAUUGGGAGUAUUUUUUUGAGAAGUGCGAAUCUUAAAAGAUGUAGUCUUAAAUGAUGUAGCAAAACCAAUCCAACCAUCGUUCUUCAUAUAACAGAUGCAUAUAAUGUACAAAUAGUUGGUAGGGUAAUGGUAAUAGUUGGGUAAAGACCAAUUAAUGGUAAUGUAUCAUUCCGAAUAAAUGGCAACUAAAUCAUUCCAAAAUCGGAUUUAUCCAAAGUCAAAUCUGAAGUCUGCAGGUCACAAGUAAGAGAAGGUGAACAAUCACAGGGAUGCUUUUGUCACAUUGCGUUUAAAUAUAGCUUGUCACCUGACUUGAGACUGUGUGACACGUGAUUGACUUUGGAUGGGCUUAUCAGGUCGAGACUAUAUCCCUUGGUCGUCUGCUGUUGAAAAUAUAGCCCUCUUGACCUUCGGGUGCAUAGAUGUACAAUAUUGACCUCAUUACCAUAAUCAGUAUGUGUGCGUAAUAUUUGCAUCAUCUUGAACAUUUCGAGUCAGGGUUUCUUUCAGAAAAUAUUUCAUCUCCUUCAGUAAAUAUUUGAUGUAUAGGCAUAAUUGAUACAUAUAUGUUUUUAGAGAUAUUGUUUUUAAGUUCGUUUUUUUUUCAAAAAUCGAUAGAAAGAUCGAUCCUCCGUUCGUCCCCUCGCCCUGUCCUAGGAAGCCCCUAUCUGUUAAUCUUUUUCACAGAAAAAAAAACACAUGCAGGACAAAGAGUAGUCGCAAAGCAUUGUGGGAAAGUCAAGUACAUGUGUAAUGUACAUGUUUUGCAUUGAUCUCCAUUAGAAAGUCUUUCUAAUGGAAAUCAAUGGUGCAUUCCAUGCGCACGGGCUAUGCGCAUGCGGAAGUGCUGACCCCGGGCCACCCGCUAAACAAAUGUAUCCAAUGAAAGCUCAAAUAAACUGGAGGUCACAAGCCUUGGAUAGGGGUCUGGGUACAUC